AUGAGAAUAUUAAUUGUAAAUGGAUAUGGAAAAUCAGAAACUGGUAAACAAUAAUUUGAAAGAUAUUGUGGAUAAAUACGAAAAGUAAGCAUCAUAAAUAUCAUAUAGUUAUUCUUGAAUUAGAAGGAAUUAUUGGACACAGAGACAGAAUUUUUUUCUAGAGAUGCAAAUGAUUUGGAUGAAUUCCUUUACGAUUAAGACUCUGGUUAUUCUAAAUAAGAAGCAGCAAACUAAUUUAAUUUUAUAGAUUUUGUAUUUAUAGAAAUAGAUGCCAACCUUAGACCAUGGUCGAAGCAUUUAAAAAAAGUAAAUGUCUGAAUGGCAUAUUAGGUUAUGGUGUUGAUUAGAAUGUGCUUAAGAACUAACAAAGUUUUAUUAGCUACAGCUGGAGCCAUGCAAGCAUUGGUUUUUUUUGUGGCCACAAACUUAGAAACUGUAAGAAUAAGUUUUAUAUUGUUAGCCAGUUGAGGUGGUAAAUGGUCCAUAGGGUGGUCCUCUUGGUGAUAUGAGCAAGCUUUCAAAGUCACUUGAUUAAAUGACAAAGCAUGAAUAUUUUUUGGACAGCAUAACAGGUGAUCUCUACGGGAUCUACUUUGAUAAGAUAGAAUCAGCAAAUUGUUGGAUUCCUAUAGCGAAUUGUGGUAUACACUCUAGAAGAGCUGUUGAAGAGUUCAAUACAGUUGGAAAGUACAUGUUGCAGGCUCCAGUUUAUAAGCCCUAAAAAAUAAAGGAAAUUUAUGGACUUUAUACAUCUACAUAAGAUGAGGAAAUAUGCAUGAUAAAAAAGAACUUCGUUUAAAAUUACUUAUUUAAAGACGUAAUGCAAGAAUUCUUAGUUCAUUCUAAACAUGCAUGGGAUAUACAUCCAUUCAAUGUAUUAAAUCCAAAGAAGACAUUUGUUGUUUUAGCAGAUUCAUCAAAAGGACCUCAAGUUAUUACAGUGAAUGAGAACAUUGUUGGUUUAUAAUUCGAUAUCAAUCCAAAAUAUCCAGAAACACAAUUAAUUCUUAGAAACUUCAUUAUCCAUUAUUUAAUUUAAAUACGAUCUUGCACCAAUGUGCCCUUAUCAAUCUAAUAGGCUAAUAAUGAUUUAAGAAAGAACAAAUUAGAUUUAGAGAACAUGACUAAAUAAUAAGCAGAAAGCUAAUAAAAGGGUGAGAGGACAGCAUUUAACUUUGAAGUGUUAACUAAAUUUAAGCAUGUUGGAUUUACAGGUAAAAAGGCAAAGAAAUUGGAGAUUGUUAUGAAUAAUGCUAUAAAUGAUCAAGGAUAAUUGUAAGAGGCUAUGAAAACAAUGAGAUAGAAGUAGUCUCCAAGGACUAAGCAAUCAACAGAGGAGACUGACUUAGAAAAGUCUAAAUUUGCUAAGUUCUCAACCAAAUUGAAUCAUGAACAUAGGGAUACAACUGAGAAGUUCAAUAAAACAGCUGCUGAAAUUAGAUAGAUGUUGCAUCCAAACAUAGAUGAAUAAUUAUUGCCUGAGAAUGAGCCUCUGUGGGUAUGUAUUCGUUAUUCAAUAAUUAUAGGUGCCUGGAACUAUGAAUACUUCAAUGUUGGCUAGUACUGGACAGAGAAUCAGAUAAAGGCCUUAAUCUACAACUUAAAGUCGAACCUUUAAAUUGACGAGGGUUCAAACUGCAAAGUCUAGAGUUUCAAAGGGCACUACCACUAAGGAGGACUAUGAUUUAUGCAGAGAACAUCCAAUAGUCAGAUGCUCUUCUCCUUAUAUCACCAAUGUAGAGAGAGAUAGGUUGGAGCAGAGAUAAAAGGACAAAUAAAUAAUUGGACCUAGAAGCAUUAGGACAAGUGUUGUGAGCACAAUCAAAGGAGGGACUCCCUUUAUUUUGUAUGACAAUCCCUAUAGUAAUCCGGCAGAUUUCAAACACAGGGACGAAAACAAGUCUAAGUGGGUAGGUGGUCAGAAUUUCAGAGUUUGUUGA